AAAUAAUACUACAAAAUUUAGAAAAAAAAACAUAAUUUCUUUUGCGGGAAACCAAAUUACCAAAAUCCUAAUUGUGCGCAGUCCUUAAACCCUACAAAUAUGGCGUGUAAUUGUUGAAGAAUAAUCGCUUCCCCCUCCCCAUUCUGAAAAACCUUUUUAAUACACCCAAAAAUGGAGCCGGAGAAUGGCCUCGGUGACGGAGAAGGGAAUCGAAAAACGGUUUUCGUUGACACUAGCCUCGACACUCAUCUAGCUACUAUCGUGUCCGAUUCCGACACUGUUUCCGAUCUUAAAGGGAAAAUUAUGUUAGAACAUCGUGAGUGCUUUCCUGCCAUUGGAGAUAUUAAAAUCCAUUGUUUGAAGGUAAAACGUAGAGGAAACUAUUAUCACUUAUCAGACUCUAUGCUUGUUAAGAGUGCAUUUAAAGAUAGUCAAAAGAACUGGUUUCUCUCAGUAGAUGCUUCUCACUUAGAGCAAUGUGAUGGCAUUCAACAUAAGCCAGGGGAUCAACUAGCCUUGCCUUGGGUAAAAGAGGGUCGUUCCAUUGAUACACAUGAUAGUCAAACUCAAGCAGAGGGACCUUCAAAGCUGUCUCUCAUCCAUGGAUCAUCAUCAAAGCAUCCCAAGAUUUUUGUUCCCUUUGUGAAUCAGAAACUCCCUACUUCUGAUGGUUCCUGUAAAAAAGCUUCAAAGAACAUCGAGGAAGAUAGGUCAUCUAAUCUUGAACCAAGUUUAGAGCAGCAGUUGGAUCCUAAAGUAACAGAGAAGUUAUAUACUGUUGUUGAUAAGGAGAUAAAAUCCAAGAAAAGGAUACGUGAAGUGCAUAAUGAGGAAGCUUCUGUGAUGAAAAGACGUAAGACUCAGAGGACAGAAGGAGAUGCAAAAGCUCUAGAAGAGAAUAGAGUUUUAACAAAUGAUGCUGACAAGGUAAAGAACAUGGGAACAAGCAUAAACGAUGAGAACUCCAUUGAAGACAAAUCAAAAAGUAAAGAUGCAGCUUUGGAUGGUGUUGUUAACAAAGCUAUGAAUGAUGAACAUACAAGAACCAUAUCUGUGAGUCAGAAGAAGCCAAAAAGAACUAAAAAAGGUAAAAUCUCUGCUCUUGAUCAAGUAGCCAUUGUUGCCCCUUUGAGUGUAGAAGAUGUUGGAGAGGCAACACAUCUUCAAAAGAACACAGAAGAAACUGAAGUUAUUCCUGAUGUUCCAAUGGUUAUGGAAAAUAAUAUUCAACAAGAUAUGCCUUUUGAAUCAAAAAGUAAAGAUGCAGAUUUAGAUUGUGUUGUAAACAAAGCUAUGAAUGAUGAACAUACAAGAACCAUAUCUGUCAAUCAGAAGAAGCCAAAAAGAGGUAAAAAAGGUCAAACCUCUGCUCAUGAUCAAGUGGCCAUUGUUGUCCCUUUGAGUGUAGAAGCUGUUGAAGAGGAGACACAUCAGAAAAACACAGAAGCAAGUGAAGUUCCUCCUGAUGUUCCAAUGGUUGAGGGACAAAAUAGUCAACAAGAAAUGGCUUCUCAAUCAAAAAGUAAAGAUGCAGCUUUAGAUGAUGUGGUAACCAAAGCUAUGAAUGAUGAAAAUACUAAAACCACAUCAGUGAUUCAGAAGAAACCAAAAAGAACUAGAAAAGGUAAAAUUUCUGCUCAUGAUCAAGUUGCCAUUGUUGCCCCUUUGAGUGUAGAAAAUGUUGGAGAGGAAACACAUCAUCAGAAAAACACAGAAGCAAGUGAAGUUAUUCAUGAUGUUGCAAUGGCUGUGGAAAAGAAUAUUCAGCAAGAGACUUCUCAGAAGGAGAAAUGCAAUGAACUUGUUGAAGAGGCUGAUAUUGGGAAUGAAAUACCUUCAUCAUCAAUGCAAGGAGUAACUACUGAAGAUGAAUUGCUAGUGAAGCAUGCUGAUGAUCUUGUGGUUGACAUUUCUUCAACUGUUCCUACUCAAGUCUUUGAUGAGAAAACCAUUGAUGAACAAAACAAUGAUAAGACUAACAUAAUUAGUGAAGCUUCAGAGAAAACAUCAAUGGAUGAUUCUCUUAAAGUUGAUGAUCUGAUUGUGAAAGAGGUGAAGAUUGCAGAAGCAAAAUCAAGAAAGGAAAUCAAAGAAAGAAACAAGAAAAAAAACGUUGGAAAAUCUUCAAAAAAGGAUGAAGUUAUUGAAAGGAAAGAAACAUCAAUAAUAGAUGAUGAUUUGCAUGUUGAUAAAGACGAUGAAGUUUCAAAAACUAGUCAACUGAAUGCAGAGAUUUCAGAAAAGCAGAAUGAGAACAUGGAUGAUGAUGCACAGAAUAUCAAAAGAAAAAGGAAAAAGAGAAACAAGAAAUCAGGUGCUGAUGUAUCUCAAACAGAUGAUGAUAAACUUCAAUCAAAAGCUGCACAAAUUGAGAAAAGUGAAAUUCCUCAAGAGACCUCGAAGAAUGUGACUCUAUCUCAAGCUCCCAAGGGCAAUGAUGUAAAUUCUGAUGUUGGUAAAGGAUCUCAUGAAAUCGACUUCAUGGACUACUUUUCACCUGAUAAAACUACUCCUCUUGACAAUGUUGAAAAUAGGAAAGACACUAAAUUGUCUGUGAAGGAGAAGAAACCAAAAAGGAAAUCAAAAGAACAACAAAAUGGUAAUGCGAACAAAGUCUUCAUUCCAGAAGCUUCUACAGAUGGAGGUGUGGUAAAAGACCGAAAUGCCCCUACUGUUACUAAAGUAAAAACCCAACAAAAAGACGAUAGGGCGAUUCAAUCUCUUUCAAGAAAUGAAAACAACAAAGCCUUGUCCUCAAAGAAGAUUCCAGAAGCUUCUACAAAUGGAGGUGUGGGAAAAGACCAAAAUGCCCCUCAUGUUACUAAAGCAAAAACCCAAAAAACAACAACAAAGAUUGAUGCUGUGAAGAUUAACAAACCACAACCACAACCAUUUAGUGAAUCGGACUCGAGCUCAGAAUCAGAAUCAGAAUCAUUUGGCAGGUCUUUGAAAAGUCAAAAAAAGAUUACAAAACAGCAACCAACUACUCAAGUUAAAAACUUGAAGAAAAAUGUGCCAGGUGUCAAGAGUUUAUUGAGUACACCUGGAACAAUAUUUGGGGAUAACAGUGAUGAUAGUUCUGCUGAUGAUAAUGCAAUCAUAAAUUCAGAUUCCAGCACACGAACUCCAUCAAGAAAUCCAUCAUCACCAGGGGAAAGUGAUUCCAGCAUAGACUCCAGAAGAUAUGAAGUGAAAAGAAAGGAAGGUGGUGGAAACAACAACAUGAACUCACAGAGCAGGUUGAAGAACAUAUCAAUGUCUGAGCUUUUGAAAAGUUCAAGUAGAUACAAGAAAGCCAGAUUCACUGCUGCAUCACAGUCGCAGGUCAAUGAUACUGAAAGUGAGCCUGUUGACUUUGUUCCAGAAAGUCAACCCGUGGCUAAGAGAUAAGUUUAGGGGCAUUUUUGUCUCAAGUUUUGGUUAGGAAGGAAGGCUACUUUUUAUAAUUCAACAACUUUUUAGGUUUAAUUUUGAUUUUGUUUCUGGUUGCUGUCUAUUAAUAUUUACGAGGUUGAGGUUGAGGAUGAGGGCAUUUAUGUCUUUUGCACAUACGAGGGGUGAGUCCUUGUUUGACCAUUUUGAGUUGGACAAAAAAUAACAACUUUUGUUCCCUUUGUUACUUGAGUAAAUUACACGAAUGGUCCCUAUGGUUUGAGGUUAUUUGCACGUUUGGUCCCUAACUUAAUUUUUAACUCGGAAGGUCCUUAC